AUGAAACUAACGGACAGCGUGCUGAGGAGCUUCCGCGUCGCCAGGGUGUUCAGCGAGAACUCGGACAAGAUUAACAGCUUCGAUUUCAGCCCCAACGGCGACGCGGUCAUCUCGAGCAGCGACGACGACUCCAUCGUGCUCUAUGACUGCCAGGAGGGCAAACCAAAGAGAACCCUGUACAGUAAAAAAUAUGGCGUGGACCUUAUCAGAUACACUCAUGCGGCAAACACCGCUGUUUACAGCUCUAACAAAAUAGACGAUACUAUUCGUUACCUGUCCUUGCAAGACAACAAAUACAUCAGAUACUUUCCUGGACAUAGCAAAAGGGUGAUAGCCUUGUCCAUGUCACCUGUGGAUGACACUUUCAUUUCUGGGUCUCUUGAUCAGACCAUUCGACUCUGGGAUCUCCGGUGUCCCAACUGCCAGGGUCUCACGCAUCUACAGGGCAAGCCAGUCUGUUCUUUUGACCCAGAAGGGUUAAUUAUCGCUGCGGGUGUCAACUCUGAAGUGGUCAAACUUUAUGACCUUCGUUCUCUUGGUAAGGGGCCAUUUGCGACCUUUAAGAUGCAGUAUGAUCAGACUUGUGAGUGCACAGGACUUAAGUUUAGCAAUGACGGAAAGUUCAUCCUCAUCUCCACCAAUGGCAGCUUCAUCCAUCUCAUUGAUGCAUUCAAGGGAGUGGUGAUGCACACAUUUGGGGGUUAUGCCAACAGCAAAGCUGUCACACUGGAGGCUUCAUUUACUCCAGACUCUCAGUUUAUUAUGAUUGGUUCAGAGGAUGGCAAGAUCCAUGUCUGGAAUGGAGAGAGCGGUAUAAAAGUAGCUGUGCUGGAUGGUAAACACACAGGCCCCAUUACCUGUUUGCAGUUCAACCCCAAGUUCAUGACCUUUGCCAGCGCAUGUUCCAGCAUGGCCUUCUGGUUGCCCACCAUUGAUGACUGACUUU